AUGCCGGCCAUCCUGGACGACCCGGCGAGCCCCACUAUCUACCGAGUCUCGGGGGAACCUCCGUACCCGGACCCCAACAACCCCGGGUUUCCGGCGGACAUUCUGCCGAGGCAGGUCACGCUCCGGGACCGGCAGACGGUCGCCACCAUUGUGCCCUUUGCCUCGCGCCACCAUGUGCCGCCGUCGCUGCUGGCCUACCUCUGCGACCAGCUCAACAAGGAGAUUGAGGGCGGCGAUAGCUACCCCAUGAUGGACCCCUUCCCCGCUGACGCCUUCGCCGCUUACUGGUUCCAGAACUUCGGCGCCAUCAUGCUCGUCGGCAACAUCGAGCGUGCCGAGCACGUCGUCGAGGGAAAGGACUGGUCCAAGGAGUGUCUGGGCAGCUUCUAUAUCAAGCCCAACUACCCGGGCCGCAGCAGCCACGUCUGCAACGCCGGCUUCAUCGUGACUGACGCCUCCCGUGGCCGUGGCGUCGGCCGCCUCAUGGGCGAGGCCUAUCUGGACUGGGCGCCGCGGCUGGGCUACUCGUACAGCGUCUUCAACCUCGUGUACGAGACCAACGUAGCGUCGUGCCGCAUCUGGGACGCCCUCGGCUUCAAGCGCAUCGGCCGCGUCAAGGGCUGCGGCAACCUCAAGAGCUACCCGGGCCAGCUCAUCGACGCCAUCAUCUACGGGCGCGACCUGGCGCCGCGCGAAAGCGACGAUCUCGUGAGUGAAGAGCGUUUCGACAAGAUCAAGUUCUACCUCAAGUACGGCGAGUACCCGAACGGCGCUGACCGGGCCGAGAAAAGCAGGCUCCGCAGCGCGGCGACGCACUAUAAGCUCAUCGACGGCGACAAGCUCAUGCUCAAGGACAAGGAGGUCAUCUCGGACCCGGCCCGCCAGUUCGACAUUGCCCGGCGCGUCCACGUCCAGCAGCACGGCGGCAUCAACAAAACGACGGCCACCAUUGCCGAGAAGUACCACUGGAGCCGCAUCAAGGAGACGGUCAGCGACGUCAUCCGCAGCUGCGUCGAGUGCAAGGAGCUCGGAAAGACGCCCAACCCGGGCGGUGCGAGAAAAGCUGCGGCGGCAGCGGCGGCGGCCACUGCUGGGAACAAUCACAGCGGUGGCGGAGAUGGAGCGGCGGGAGGCGGAUGUGUACGAGAUCACCAGGUGUCUUCUGCUGGCGCAGCGGGCAGAGUGUUGGCGUUGCAGAACCACAAUGCCAUGUCGACACUGUCGCCGCAGAGUCCAACCCAGAACCAAAGCCCCUUUGCCAAUCCUGCCGACAUCUCCCUCAUAUCGCCCUCACAUACCCUCCAGAGCACCUCCAUCGACCAGGCACUUCACUCGCAUCACCAAGCGCAAUCGCCUCAUCAAGUCCAACACCACCUCCCUCACUACAGCCCCAUGCUACAGGACCACCCCGGCGUGCACCACCACCACCACCACCAUCACCACGACCCCCAGUCCGUCUACCAGCCCAUCGACCCGCAAAUCAUCAACCAGGCCUCGCCGCAUGAUCUGUCAGGCUUCGAACAAUACCACUCCUCCGCCGAUUUCCAGGCGUUGCUCAACGCUACUGAGGACGUGGUCCCGGGCGAAUCUGACACCGUGGACCGCGAUCUGGAGAUGCUCAUCGAGCAUCAGGAUGACGAUGAAGUAGACGGGACGGUGGCCAUGGGCGGUAUGGGCGUGGGCGUGCAACAAAAUCAGGGGCUGGACAGCAAAGAACGCCUACUGUACGAUGUGAGCUUCGGAGCACCGAAUGGUUAG